AUGCUCGUCCAAACCCCCCUUACCACUCUAGGACUCCUCACUACCGCCGCGCACGCGCAAAGCCAACCCCGUCGUCGAUGCGCAUACGGCGAUGACUGCUGGCCAGAUGCUGCUACGUGGGACCAUUUCAAUGCCACUGUCGGCGGGAGACUGAUUCGGUCCCUGCCAUCUGCUGCCGUGUGCCAUGCUGAGCGGUACAAUGCCAAUCAAUGUGCCGUCGCGAAGAGUAGCUGGCUAGACAGUUUCUGGCGAACUAAUCAGACAGGAUCGUAUGCUGCUACUUUGUGGGAGAUGGGACCUACUGGGCAAUGCUUUAUUGAUACAGCUGUCGAGGCACCCUGCGAUCAGGGAAUUGUGCCGUAUUACUCGGUUCGGGCUGAGGGUGUAGAGGAUAUUCAGACUUCGGUGAAAUUUGCUAGUGAGAAGGAUUUGUUUUUGGUGACGAAGAAUACUGGUCAUGAUCAUCUUGGUCGAUCAAGUGGCAAUGGAGCAUUCUCGAUCUGGACACAUAAUAUGAAGGGUAUUGAAUGGCACGACUCGUUUGUCCCGCGGGGAGCACCGACUGAUGCUGGUGGUGUACCGGCUGUCACGCUCCAAGCUGGAGAGCAAUGGCUCGUCAAUCAAGAUGUGUAUCACGCUGCAGCGAAACAGGGAGUAUUGAUCGUAGGAGGAUCAGCACGUACAGUCGGGGCCGCAGGAGGGUAUUUACUUGGAGGAGGACAUUCACCAUUUGCACACUACUACGGUCUCGCAGCUGACAAUCUUCUGGAAAUGAGCAUAGUUUCUGCGGAUGGCAAACACAACGUGAUCAAUCGCUAUUCAGACCCGGAGUAUUUUUGGGCCGUUCGUGGGGGUGGUGGUAGCGUUUGGGGCGUAUUCCCAAAGAAUCUCAUCAUGGGAUUUGUGCAGCUGAAUGCAUCAGAUGAUGCCAGUUUGACAAAUCUCCUUGCCCAGUCCAUCAAGCUCCUCCCCGAAGCUACAGAUGCUGGGUACACGGGUUACGGUUCAAUUGAUCAAGGGUUUGGAGCCAUCUUCAUCAAGCCCAACAGUACCGUUCAAGAUUUCAACAAAACCUUCGCAGAGUUUUACAAUAUGACUCACCUUCCUGGUAUCAAUGGUACAGUUGGAGCUAUAACGUCGACUUGGGAUGGAUACGUUGAAAAGAUCCUCCAGGACCCCAACAUCGGGACUAACAUUCAAGAUGUCUCCCGGCUCUUGACUGGGGAUGUGAUCAAUAAAAAGGCAGACGAGUUGGCCCAAUUCCUAGUCAAAAAUCCAGGGGGAGGGUUCAAUUUCAUUGGCAAGGUGAACAAUGAUGAGCGAGAUAACACCGCUGUCAAUGAUAUCUGGAAACAGAGCCAUGCUCUUCUAUCUAUAUCCGUUGAUUGGGCCGAUAAUGCGACGGCGUCCGAGAAACACGAGAAGCGAGUUCACGCGGUGCAGUUGAGCGAGGGUCUUGCAAGGAUCGUUGGCUCGGAGGGAGGAACAUACAUCAACGAAGCGAAUCCGUUACAAAGGUAUGAACCCAACUGGCAGAAGGUUUUCUGGGGCGAGAAAUAUGAGCGAUUGGUCUCGAUCAAACAACGGGUCGAUCCCACGAACCUUCUUGUGUGCAACCGGUGUAUUGGGGGAGAAUUG